CUUGAUAGAGCUCGACUUAAAUAGUUUAUCAAAAGGUCGGAUCGUUAUGACCGAUAAACUUAACCCUACAAUUGUAGACGUCUUGACAAGUCAAUCUAGAGAUUCCUUGCCUUGAUACACAGCACAGCACAGCACAUAUAGCAUUAGCCCGACUACCCUUUCAAACCCUAGAUUUCAAUUCACCCCUCUUUCUUUCUCUCACCAACAAUGGCCGGAUCGGAAAACGAACACAACAAUUCAUCAUCAGGUGAAGAAGAAGAAGAAGAAGAAGAAGAAGUUUCAUCACAAGGAUCCGAAUCAGAAUCUGAACCCGACAAAACAUCAACCCCGCCACCAUCUUCCAAAAAAACCCAAAUCACCUCCAAUUCAUCAUCCUCAUCAGAAUCUGACUCCGAACCAGAACCCGUACCCGACCCGACUAUUAAACCCAUAUCUUCAAAGUCCAUGGAUCUUGAUGCUGUGUCGAAAAAACCCAGAUCCAAGAUUCCUACUUCACGCUUUUCCCCACCCCCGAGCACCGGGAAAAGGCCGGCGGAGGUGGAGGAUGACGGCGGCGAUGUGAAAAGAGCUAAGAAGGAAACGGUGGUUGCUGUGGCGGCGCCGGAUGCUGGUCUUGUUGCUGAUAAUGGUGGCGAAAAAAAGGGACUUUUUCAAAGAUUGUGGAGUGAAGAGAAUGAAAUUGAGUUAAUUCAAGGUAUGAUUAAUUAUGUUGAAAAAAAAGGCAAAGAUCCCAGUGCCGAUGUUAAUGAUUUUCAUGAAUUUGUUAAGGAAUCACUUCAUGUUGAUGUCAAUGAUAAGCAAGUUUUGACCAAAGUCAGACGUUUAAGAAAAAAAUAUUUAAACAAUGCUUCCAAAGUCGAGAAAGAUGGGAAAGUUCGGUCCUUUUCGAACCCCCAUGAAAAGAUAAUGUACGAUUUGUCGAAAAGUUUAUGGGGGAGCGAUGGGAAUAAGAAUGUAGUUAAGAGCAGUAUUAAGAAAGUUAAUGUGACACCCAAGACUAUUAAUAAGAGUCUUAAAGCGGGAAGCGGGAAUGGUGAGGUGCCCGCGAAUGAGGGCAAGGUUAAAGCUUUGUCUGGGCACGUGUUGGACGGGUUUUGUUCGACGGGGUUGGUGUUAGGGGACGAGGGGAUCAUGAAAAAGGGUUUGGAGUUGCUAUCGGGUGCCAAGAAGAUUGAGAUGAUGAAGAAGUGGAAGGAGCUUAAGGUGGAAGAACUUAAGCAUUUCAUGAAGAAGGUGGAUAUAUUGAAAGAGCAAGCGGGUAUUGUGGUGGACGCGAUCGAUAAAUCUGGCGCCAAUUAAGGUACAUUAUGAUUGUGGGUUGUAUCUUCUUAGGAUUUAUGGAAGUGCUUAAAAGGGUUAGAUUUUGUUUCGUUAUAAUAUAUGUAAUAUGUUUGUUUGGUAAGUUUAUGAGCUAAUUUGGUAAAGUGAACUUUUGACAGUUUCGUAUAUGUUUUCUUUUUGAAUGAAUAUGUACUGUUAAGGUGAACAAAUCAAUUGAGCUUGUAUUAUAGCAA